AUGCCACCCACUCUCUACGUUCUUCUUUUCUGCUUCCCUCACCUCAUUUCAGCUGGUCCUCAAAAGACUCAUCCUGGGAACAAUUUGACCGAUCAGUUAAUUGCCGGAACUAAUUCAUUUAUUCCCAGUGCUUUGAAUGGCUUAGCAACAGUUGUGGAGGCAGGUUUUGAAUCCACAGAAGACGAAGAGCAUGACGAUUCGGACAACGGUGGAGAAACUUGGCAGCUGGAACAGUUCGGUGGAAAAUGGUUGAUCGACGGAUUUGAAACUUUCAGUCGAAUAUUACCACUUGAGAGGGAAGAGUCGAACUCUGCUCCAAUUCCAGUCUAUGGCAGCUCGGACAGAGGACAAAAUAUGGGGAGAUUCGAUGCCGCAGAAUCGCCAACAGGACUUGAAGAAACCGACGACCAUCUUCAGCAGCAAUUGGAGCAG